AUGGUCCGAGCGCACCAAAAAAUUAGCUUUGAAAAGCCUCCUUCAGGUCCAUAUAAGCCAUCUUCGAGCUACGUACUGGGAAUUAGAAUUUUUGAAGCUUUAUCUAGUAUAGCAAUCGUAAUUUCACUUGCUAUUACUGCGGCUUAUCAUAAUAUACUAUAUAAUAACGGAAUUAAUUACGAUGGAUCUAAAUUCGGUUCGAGUAAUGAUUCGGGUUUUGACCAUGAUGGCGUUAUGCCAUGGAUAAUUUAUGGAUUAGUAAUUUCAGUAACGAGUUUUGUAACUUCUACAAUUUUUAUGCUUGACCGUGAGGUAAAAUUCUCACUAUUACAAGCAGUGACCUCAAUUAUUUUUUGUGCGGGUUACGUAGCUUAUAUUGUAGUUGGAGCUUUAAACACUCCAACUUGGUUAGAUUGUAGUUCUAUUGAUAGUUCAUCAGGUGCAGAUGCAGAUUUAAUUGGUGCAAUGAGUAACAGAUGUUCUGCUCCAAAAGCUGCUGAAUUUUUCGCUUUUGUUGCAACUUUUGCUUAUUGUUUUAGUGCAUCUACUGCGAUAAGGGUUUUUCUUGAUAGUAAAUUUGGUCCAAAAGUUGAAGCUAAGGAAAAAACUAAGGAAGAUAUUGAAACAAGAGAACUUGUUUUACCAUGGUAUGCUUUUUGUCUUGGUCUUUCAAGUCACAAUAAACCCUCUCAUAAAACAUUCAGGAUCAAACGUGUCCUUGGAAAGAAACAAAAACAGAAUCGUCCUAUUCCUCAAUGGAUCCGUCUUCGUACUGGAAAUACGAUUAG